GAGAGAGAGGGAGAGAGAGAGAGAGAGGAGAGAGGUGUGUCUGUUACUCCUCCGCGUACUCGGUCGCAGAUCUCGAAACCCUAGCUUUUUUCCUCUCCAUUAUCAUUGGAGUUUCUGUCAAGAUUCUAGUAUUUUGUUUCAAGAAAGCACUGGUUCGCGAUUAAACAGCGCUUCAUUUCGAUCCGUUUUGUUUUACUCUCGACAUUCUUAUUUCCCCCCCCCCUUUUUUUUUGAUUCGAAGGAAGAUUGGAAUCGUUUGUUAUCCGUUCUUCAUUUCGUGGAAUUUUUAGUACUCGAACUUGUUCUUGCUGGUUUCCGAUCCGUUUCCGGUGCUGAUUUCGUCCUCAUUGAGUCCUGGAUUGUUUCGGAGGGAGUUCUGGUGGUUUCGUUACUAUUAUGUGCCAGAUUUUGGGGAGAGAGGUAGGUGUUGUCGUUUCUGAGUGAAAAUUUGUGUCCGAGGUGAUUUUUUGAGACGAUGAGGUGGAGUUAGAGAGGAGUGUGUGCGCGACAGAGAGGUGGCUAGCGAGUGAGAACAGGAGAGUAUGGAUGAUAGAGGAGAGUCAUUUGUUGCUGUUAGGAGGAUUUCUCAAGGUCUCGAAAGGGGUAACACCUGCCAUUCAACUUCUGCUGAGGUUGUGGCAGGAUCAGCAGCAUGGCUUGGUCGCGGUCUUUCUUGUGUUUGUGUACAAGGGAGAGAGGGUGAUGCUCGUCCUUCAUUUGAUUUAACACCAGCCCAGGAGGAAUGUUUACAGAGGCUGCAGAGCCGUAUAGAUGUUGCCUACGAUAGUUCAAUCCCUGACCACCAGGAAGCUUUGAAGGCAUUAUGGAAUGCUGCCUUUCCUGAAGAACAACUUCGUGGUUUAAUAUCUGAGCAGUGGAAGGAAAUGGGGUGGCAGGGAAAGGAUCCAUCAACAGAUUUUAGGGGUGGAGGUUUUAUAUCACUAGAAAAUUUGUUAUAUUUUGCUAGAAAUUUUCCGAAAUCUUUCCAGGAUCUUCUUCGAAAGCAAGAAGGUGAUCGGUCAGUGUGGGAAUACCCAUUUGCUGUAGCUGGCGUGAAUAUUACAUUUAUGCUGAUUCAGAUGCUUGAUCUUGAAGCAGUAAAGCCACGAACAAUGGUGGGGGCAACUUUCUUGAAGUUUCUUUCAGAAAAUGAAUCAGCAUUUGAUCUUCUCUAUUGUAUUACUUUCAAGCUGAUGGAUCAUCAAUGGCUUUCCAUGCGUGCAUCAUACAUGGAUUUCAAUGCGGUUAUGAAAUCCACACGCCGACAGUUGGAGAGGGAGCUUUUGUGUGAAGAUAUGUCACGGUUGGAGGACUUGCCCUCAUACGGCCUUCUUGCGCGAUAAAAUUAAUGCAGCUUUUGGAGUUUUGACAGAAUGGCUGCUGCUGGUAGCUAUACAUGCUAUCACUUUGCGCAUUGCUUUACCUGGGAUUUGCCACUUUUCUCCAUCUUUUUUACUUUUUACAAGGUGUUCUUUAACAAUGAGAUGGUGCUCAUCAUAACUUUGCUAAUUUCCACUUUGAGUUCUCGGGAAAAAAAUAAGUUUUCUUUAGUAUCCUUCGUAUCGGAGAAAGGUAGUUUUUGAUGAAGUUUGUGAGGUUCAGAAGAUUAUUUUGUGUUUGCAUCCUGGUUAUCAGAACACUUUGUGAAUUUUUUUGUCGUUAGGAUGGAAGGUGAUAUCUGUGUCUCAACA